AUGCCCAGACCGACGAACGGCGAUGAUGACCGCGACUUCGACGACGGAGACGACACAGCUCAGAAAGAUCUGCCGGGCUUGAUGGUUGCGACAGGAACUCAGGUGCGGUGCAACUGGGUUGACCCGUCGAAGGAGGGCAAGCUGUUGAACUCUUCGUUUGGCACUUCGAAGAAGGCCAAAGUCGAUCCGGCUAAAGCCUCUUUGGAUCAGCUUCUUGCCGCCUCAAAGGCUUGCGAGCGUCUGCAAGUCAAAGGCCCCAGGCGUCCCGACAUCUCCACUAUUGGUAGGGAGGGAUGGCCCGAAAUUGCAGAGCAUCAGGCGAUAAUUGUCAGGGCAGUCUCGGAAGCACUCAUGAAUCGGUUGGUGGUGCUGCGUGUCGACAACUUCCCUGGCUCGGGAGAUCCUGUGUUUGGCACCAAGCACGAACUUCGUCGGAGCUUCCGGGCACCUGACCUCUUUGCGAGACUUACGAGUACCUUCAGGGGCUCCUCUGGCACGCCUUGCCUCAAGAAGCUGACGCUGCAAGGUGGCUUCCACUCAGCCAUAUCCGUGACCACCUUCUUGCAAGUAGCCAAGCCACAGCUCGAAUCCUUCCGCUGCCGGCAAUGCCUCUUUCACGGCCGUAACUUCGAGAUGCUUGUCAAGGCCUUGAGCGGAGUCAGCACGAAAAGUCUGGUAGAGUUUGAGACAGACGCAGCAAUCGGCGGCAGCGAUCCCUUCGGACUUCUGGCUGACUCUUUCCCAAACCUGAGGAUGCUGCGAGUGAAGUACAUGUUUGGAAAGAAGAGCCACCUUCCGGCUUUGAAGCGGCUACCGCAACUUUGUGCGAGGGAAUGCGUUCUGCCGAGCGACCGACUUUGUGGGCGGCCGGCCGUGGAUACUGAGACAGGCAUCGUCUACUGGGGUAUCACUUCCGGGCGCCACGGCGACUACAGGGGAGAUGGCCUCUGGUGGGACGAGCUGAGGAACACAUGCGAGUGUAUGGAGGAGUGGGACGUCGGCAAAGGGAUAACCAAGGAGCAGUGCCUCGAUUUCAUGGAAGACUGCGGGAUAGAGCUGAACGACAGGCUAGACGACCAGGAAUGUGGCAUGAUGGAUGAUAGCUUUCGCAGGGGUGUGGAUUCGGAGACUGAGAUGGACACAGUCGUUGUGCAGCUAGAAAUUGACAACUCUGCCGGCGCCACCGGCACAUUGGUGAUCCAGGCACGCACGAUGGAUGGUCGCGAGUUCGCGCAAGUGACGCUGGAUGCCAACAAGACACUGGUGCGCACACUUGUGGAAGAGUUGGCCGCAAAGUAUCCCUGCUCACCCGCCGCUCUGCGCGUUGUGCUGCCUGGUGGCACUGGCAUCGAUCCCCUCGAAGCGGCCAACAAACUAUUGGCCGUGGUCUUGGUUUAA